AUGCCUCCCGGAAUGACCAAUGCUAGCGAUGGGGAGAAGCCAGGCGGGCUUUCUUCAACCUCGCCUGCAUCGCCCACACCCGCUCAGCGUGUCUCUCGGCCUACCUUGAACACAGCACAGCACUCAGACUUCGACGAACCUUGUCUUUCCGCUCCAGAUGCGCGGUCAUAUGUCUUCACGACAUGA